AUGCGCUUUGUUUCUACCAUCGCUGCUGGCCUUAUGGCUGGCGCUGCUGCUGGUCGGGCUACACCACGUUCUGUUGUCGACAGACCAAUAGUGGCCCAUUACAUGGUCGGCGGUCUACAAAAGGGCGAUGUUCGCCAGGAUAUCCUUGAUGCGAAGAGCAUUGGCUUAGAUGGCUUCGCACUCAACUUUGACCAGUUCGAAUGGUGGUCCACCGAUACCGUGACCUACAUGUUCGACAACGCCGAUGAAAUCGGCGACUUCAACCUCUUCUUCUCCUUUGACCAUGGCCAUGGCGUCUUGAAGAGUCCCAUGGACUACGCCGAUUACUUCCAAAGUUACCACAAUCGUACUUGCUACCUCAAGAUGCGAGACCCGUCCGACAAUAUCGAGAAGCCUCUACUGUCGACUUUCGGUGGUGAGGACUUUACGGAUGACGACUGGAACGAGUUCAAGGGUGUGGUGGGCGACGUGCUAGUUGUCCCCGGUUUCUACCAGAUUUACAACCCCAGCACCAACUUCUUCGACAGCCAUGCCGCUCUGGAUGGCGUGUUUAACUGGAACUCAUGGCCUGAGACGAAAGACGGGAAAGUCGCUGUAUCUGCAGCAACAGACCGUACGUUCCAGACUGCUGCCAACAAGGCGGACAAGCUCUUCAUGAUGGGUAUAUCACCGGUACAAUACAAGCACCUCGACAACGACAACAACUGGUAUCGUCGUGGCGAAGAAAACCUUGAGAACAGGUUCGGCCAAAUUCUCGAUCUCCAACCGGACAUGGUGCAGCUUCAAACCUGGAACGAUGGUGGUGAGGGCCACUACAUGGGCCGUCUUCACUCGGAUCCGUUGGACGACCGAACAAAACUUCUCACAAAAGACUAUGACCAUACGGGCUACUGGCAGAUUCUCCAGCCUUUCAUCUCUGCGUGGAAGAACGGCGAUCGUACAACGGCGAACAUGCAUCCUACCAAUGGCAAAGCUGUCCAGGGCACUUUCUGGCAUCAUACACUUACGGUCGGAGGCACCUGCUACGACGACGACGACGUAAUCAAAUCCCCAGACAUCGAAACCGCCGCCGAGGACGCUGUAUCUGGCGUCGUGCUCGUUCCCGAAGGCAAGACGAACCUUGUCGCUGUUGUCAAUGUCGGUACAAAGGAGCUGAACAAGACAAAUCUCAGACCGGGUUUCAAUAAGUUCAAGUUCACCGGGCUAGAGAAGCUGAUUCCAGGAAAAGUGCAGUUGGAGGUUUGGGAUGGAAGCACCAUGGUAGGAGGCGGAUAUGGAAGCAUCGAGGUUACGGACUCCAAGCCACUUUGUAACUACCAGUUUGAGGUUGUAGGUGUGCCUUCUUAG